CUUUUCCACAUCCCGUACAUACAUAACACAAAGUACAAUGUUUCUCUGAUCUCAGAAAUAAAUCCAAUGUUUCCAGCAUAAAAUAAAUUACAUGGAAAUACAUAAAACUACGCUCAGAAAUAUGUCCUUUACUUAACAAAAUACACGACUAACUGCGUCAGACUAAUUCUACGAUAAGCCAACACAUCGAUUGUUAAACGUAAUUUAAAAAACAAAGAGUUUUUGACGUUUUGCACUUUUGAAGUUUCAUAAUACAUUUUUUGUAUAAAAGAAACACUUUUACAAGUUAAUAAAAGUGGGUGCAAUUAACGACAUGAGUCAACCACAAAGUGGACGGGGUGAUGAGCCUAAGGCGGUCAAAAGUACGCCGUUACCUGCUAAAGUUGACCUUUCCGCGGUGAAUAAGACCGUUUGGCUGGUUAAGGUUCCAAAGUACUUGGCAGCUCGAUGGGAACGAAUUCCUGGAGAUUUGGAGGCGGGGAAAGUGAAAAUUUGCAAGUCGUCCCCCACAGCGCGCCCCACGCUGACCUUAAGUCUCAGUGACGCCACGAUGUGUUUAACGGAACCAGGCGAGUCGGAAAUUCCGAAGGAGCAUGCAUUCCAAGUUGGACCAAUUCAUCAAACUUUGAUCGCAUUUGAUCACACGGAAGCUCCAAAAGACGAUCUAUUUCCCUCGGAGCCGGACAAAGUUCGCAUUUUGGGCAAGGUCAGCGAGAAAUUGGAAUGUCGUCCGUACGCCGAUUCGAGCUACAUGGCCAUGAAAAUGGAGGAAAUUAAGAGGGCGUCAAAACCCGCGAGGUCAGUGCAGCAGUUGGACCGUGUCGUCAACAAUUAUAAGCCGGUCGCAGAUCACAAAAAUAAUAUUGAAUAUGAACAGAGGAAAAAAGCGGAAGGGAAGAAAGCUCGAGAUGAAAAGGACAAAGUUUUGGAAAUGUUGUUCGCAGCGUUUGAAAAACAUCAGUAUUACAACGUUAAGGAUUUAGUGAAAAUAACCAACCAACCCAUCGGAUUUCUGAAAGAAGUGUUGAAAGAGGUUUGCAACUAUUGUGUGAAAAACCCGCAUCGGAACAUGUGGGAAUUGAAGCCGGAAUAUCGACACUACAAGCAAGACAUGGAUGACUAAUUACAGUAAAAUUCUACCGAUCUAAUUUUCCAUGAUUUACACCUAUUUCCAUAAAUAUUAUGUGAAUUAUAUUUUGAAUCUUAACGCUUUAAGUGCAAAAAAUUAAUGAUUUGCAAAAACAUAAAAUUCUACCGACCUCUCUUUUAAUGUUUAUUACACAAAUAGAUUUUACCCACAGAAUCUCAAACCUUUAAGAAAGUACAAAAAACUAAUUAUUUCACAAAUUUGCUGAUCUCUUUAAAUUACCGAAGUACAACUGUGUAACUUAAAGUUAUUGUUUUUUAAUUAUUACAUUUUUAAUUAUUUCAAUAAAUAUUACACUUUGAACAAGAACGUUA